AUGCAGGAGGAAGACAGGAACGUCGGCGCCCCAGGGGCACCGAUCUCUGCUCUCCCCCCACAGGUCCCCAAGGUGUCUCCAGGUCUCCUGGCCAGCGGAUCCCUUGACAAGACUGCGAUCAACAUCGCCACAUCAAGUCUCCAGAAGCUUCGCCUGAAGCUCGUCAACGCCGGGUUCAAGGUUACAAGAAACUCAAUUUCCUCAAACGAGUGUUAUCGCCUGUCCCCGGUUCUACCAUAUAUGACUCCCAACACUUUCGACGCUCGUGGCGGACAUGGGCCAUUGGUCCCUUAUGUUUCGCGCGUCCAGCCCAAUCGAGACAUCAAGGAUCGCCCUCCGUUGGGAGAGUGCGGUCCGUUCGAUGGAUACGUCGCUUCCGACGGGUUCAGCAGCGGUACUAUGUUCACGACGCCAAAUCAAACUUUUGUACCGCAAUUCGGCUUGGCAUUUCAGGAGAUUAAAACAUUCGAUGACGGUCUUUGGGGUGCACACGAGUUAUCCAGGUGGCCACAGCAAUACCAUCCGUCCCAUAUCCACAUUGCAUGCAUCCCGCGGGAAACAAGUGUGUACGCCCCCAAGCACGACAUUCUCUGGGUGGGCUGGCUUCCAUCCUACUGGACCCGCACGGAGUCCGACUUCGGCCACGUCGGGGUGAUGGACAAGUAUGUCAUCAAGCAACUCGUUGACGCCGCCGAUGACGUCCUCCAGUCGUGCGAGGAGUGUGCGAGAGGCCCCGCCGACAUCAGGGAUAGGUUCAACGCUGUACGCCUGUGCCUGCGAAUCACCCUGGACCGCUUACGACUUCUACCUGCCGUCCGCGACGUCGUCUUCUCUCUCGCCGCCCACGUCCAGCGCCUUAUCCUGUUCCUUGCGGGGAUCCACGUCUACAUGCAGGUGGUGCUGCCAAGAUUGAACACGGGGGAAGACUACCGCCUCGAAGUCCUUGAUGUCCUGGGCGCCUACACGAACAACCCAAGCGUGGCACAGCGCCUUCAUCUCGCCGGUGUGCCGGUAUGGCUGCAGCAGGAACGUAGCGCCCCCGUUGCGGUGUACGAGUCUGUGUCCCUCAAGCGCCUUCCCUUUUGGUUCUCCUCCACCCCAUCCUUUCCCCGACUUGUUUUGGCCCGCCGUGACUUCGAGGGAAAGUUGAACGCCCCAGGAGAGUGGGUCGAAAUGAUGCUGAACACCACACAUCGGCAAUUGCUCAACGGCUCCCGCCUCGACGCGAUGCCCUCAGGAGAUGAAGACGGGUGCGCGGCGAAACGGUGGAGGGGCUCCGAGACUUCCACCCCUGGCGCGCGCGAUCCGCACGAUGCGCAAGCACUCGCACACCCCUUGGUGCCGUCGGCCCCACGUAAGGUCGCGAAGAACCCCGCGGCUCGUGCUCUAGCAGGCGCCAAAAAAGCCGAGGCCCACGCUCUCUCCGGCGCUAGGCCCGUGGAGAAGAUCCAGCCCGUCCGCUGCUUCUACGUAUCGCUGUCGGUUGCAUACGGCACGUGCUGGUUGGAAGCGCUCCGCUCGGUUGGCACGCUGUCGCAUCCACCCACGUCUCCCAAGUACUACUGGCCGCCGCCGUGGAUAUUUGACCGACUGGACAACUUCUCACCCAACGACCCAAGAGGAGCAGGAUGCUCAACGGCGCCCUUUGGGCAUUCAAGCCUGGAGGGAUCUCUUGUGGGGCGAGUAUGGCGAGCGUGGUUCCGUCAACCCGGCCGUCACGGCGAUCGCGGGCUCGUCGUCUGGUCCUCCUCGUCCCUCCCUACCGGCCGCUCUUCGGGAUCGUCUUCGACGUCGGCAAAGCACAAGCAGCCCGCCGACACAAAGCACAAGGCCAAGCGGGCGAAGGAACGAAUGAACGUCGCAUCGAUCUUCGCCGGUGCUUCGCUAGUGCGUUUCGAAAAGGGCGUCGCCGUCAAGUUCGGUGAUAGGGAGGUCACGGAGACGGACAUCCUGCAGGACGACGAACUGCUGAGGACACUAGUCUGGGAGGCCCACGAGGUCAACUGGCGGUGCGAGCUCCUCGCCCUAGACUCCGUCGUCGUCGGGUCCCGGAACUGGCCUGAAGUGGAACAAUGGUCUCGGGAGAGCCUCAUCUCCGAGGACGGCGUUCACAUCUUUCUUGUGGCUUUCGCCAGCCGACCCUGGAUGGGAGGUGGGGCGCCCACAUCUCCGAGCCCUGCUCCAUGUCCAGCAGACUUGGCCGAGGCAGCCGGCGGAACUCGCCGGCGCAUUGAAGCGCUGGAAGAUUGUGAUCCGUUUGAGUAUAGUCGCAUCCAGGCUGCAGCGGCGCAGUUCUACAUUGACACAUUCAUCCCCCCGUCUCCGGCGAGCCCGGACUUUAUACGUCUCGAAGAGCAAGAGUUCAUUGCGCAGCAGCUUGCCGAUCCCGAAGUGCAAGCGCGCUGCAGCAACGUGGGACAUACGGGUGCAAACACCGUCCGUGACAUUCUACUAACGCGUUAUAUGACACGGUUCAACCACCUGCUCCCUGGCGAGCCUGAACAGGUGUACUUGGAACGUCAGAAGCGUCAGAGGGGUCGCGGAAAACCGCGUCGGCAGGCAGAAACUGAAGCGGAGAUGAAGGAUCGCAUGACAAUGGCAGGCUCGCGUAUAUUGAACCACAUCAAGGCCUGGGUAAGGAAGAAUGUCCCGGUCGGUGACGCGUCCACGGCGUCUGCUGAAUCGGCGACCGCACCAGUGGGUGACCUCAAGCGGGAGGCCGCCCGCGACUCGGCGCAUACAGGGAGUUCCUUAACAGCGAUCACCCGACGUGCCCCAGAUGGACUCACCCUGUCGCGUCCGGAGCGUAUGGCUAAAUUCAACCGGGAGGACGUCGGGCGUUCAAAAACCUCGGUGAGGAAGAUCGGGCGUUCCUCGAGCGGCAGGUGGAGAAGAAACGCCAGGCGGUUGCGUCCAAUGACCGUCUUGACGAACUCCGCCGGCAGUUUUAAAUUUUGGUCCAGCCCUUCACCCAGCGCCACUACUGGGAAGGAUCCGACGGGCCGCUCGUUUCCUGCGGCCCUGCAAGACAGUCUCGAUGUGCAGCCCACCCGGCUGGAGUCGGAGUUCGCUCACUGGGUGCACAGGAUCUUCGACCCCCCCGCGCGCGCAGUGCUUGCAACCUCCCAACUUGGGGCACCCGCCUUGCCAAAGGCUAGCGGGUCGGGGCUGGCUACCGCCGCCAUCGCGGCGUCUAGGGCCGCUAUCGCGCCUUCGCACUCCUCUCCCGCUAGGAUGCAAUCCCCUCUGCCAGCCCAGGUGAUCUCUCUGCCAGUUGCUUCUACCUCACCACGCGCUACCGGGUUGGUAGAACCGGCCACCUCUUUCCACUCAGUCAGCGCCGUUGCGCCUGCCUCACAACACACGACCUCAGGGGGCGGCACGUCUACGCCCGCGCAUUCAUCUGACAGCGACCAUGUGGCCUCGAACAGUCCUACACUCCCAGGCCCUCCUCGUACCAGUGCUGGGUCGGUGAUGUCCGCCGAGCCUACCAACAGCAGUGGACUGGCGCAUGGGCUCGAUGCCUCCAGCCUCUCCAUACCUGUUGCCGCGCUGUCGGAGUUGGCCCCAUCGGUGGGCAGGAAAGGGCCCGUGCCACCCCGGUCUCGCCGUCCGCCGGUGACAGCGGCAUCCGUGGAGAACGGCACAUCCUCUUCCGCGAAGCCCAAUACGCGCGCUAUCAUCCCCAAACUCAAUAUGGUUAUACCGGCCGGCAGCAAAACCUCGACGAAUACCCAGAAGGCUCGCGCCCAGGCGAAGGCGUUCACAUCAAAGCCCAGCGCACGGGCCAAACGCCAGGCCAAGAUGCCAGUCGCCGCUUGUGAUCCUAAGGAGCGGCAUGCGAGGACGCUGCAGGGAGCAGCAGCGCUGCGCCGGAUGACGGAGAUCGAAACACCGCACAGGACGCCGCUGUUACUGCUGACGGGUAGUGCGGAGCCAGGGAAGCGUAAGCGCAAACGUACGGCGAGGGCGGAUGGCAAAAGCCCGGAUAUGUCCGCUGCCAAGCGGGCUCGGAAAUAG